CACUAGCAGUCCCUGAUCCGUGCUCUUCAUCGCCACCGGCCGGCGAUACCCUAAAGUCCUAAACCCUAAACCCCAACUCGCCAAAUUCCACUCGAGCAAAAUGAUCUGCAGAACCCGCCACCAGUCUCUAUUCCCACUCAGAAACCUCCUCCUCUUCUCCAGAUCAUCAUCGCCGGAACACAAACACUCCGCCGCCGCUCUCCACCGCCACCUCACCACCCCCUUCCUCAUCCACCAACGAUCCAUCACCAAAGUAAGGCUCAAAUGGGUAAAAAAUCGCAGCCUCGACCACGUAAUCGACGUCGAGACUGAUCUCAAAGCCGCUUGUCUUCUGAAAGACGCAAUCAAACGCUCCCCAACUGGUUUCCUCACCGCCCAGUCCUUCGCCGAUUGGCAGAAGCUCCUCGGCCUCACCGUCCCCGUCCUCCGCUUCUUGCGCAGGUAUCCAACUCUGUUCGAAGAAUUCCCUCACGCCCGCUACGCGAACCUGCCAUGCUUCCGACUUACUGAAACAGCGCAACUUCUCGACUCACAUGAACAAUCCAUCCACCAAGCUCGAGAGGCUGAAACCGUGGAGAGACUCUCUAGAUUGCUGAUGAUGAUGAGAACCAGAACGACACCAAUUCAAUCGAUCCACCCGCUGAAAUUCGAUUUAGGUCUCCCCGAUAACUUCGAACGGAACUUAAUCCCUAAAUAUCCCGACCACUUCCGAGUACUCAAGGCAUCCAACGGAAUCGGCUGCUUACAGCUCGCCGAGUGGAAGCCGGAAUACGCAUUCUCCGCUCUACAAAGGUCCCACGAGAGCAAGAACGGAGCCGGGGGAAACGACGAAUACAGGCCGUUCAAACGAGGGCAGGCGGCUUUGAACUUCCCGAUGAGUUUCCCGAAAGGGUACGGUGGUCAGAAGAAGGUGAGGGCGUGGAUGGAUGAGUUUCAGAAGCUGCCGUACAUUUCGCCCUACGACGAUGCGUCGAGACGGAUCGACCCGGAGAGCGAGCUGAUGGAGAAGAGAGUGGUCGGGGUUCUGCACGAGUUAUUGAGCUUGACGAUUCACAAGAAGACCAAGAGGAAUUACCUGAGGAGUUUGAGGGAGGAGCUGAUUUUACCGCACAAGUUCACUCGGAUGUUCACCCGGUACCCGGGGAUUUUUUACCUGUCGUUGAAGUGCAAGACGACGACGGUGGCCCUAAGGGAAGGUUACCGGCGGGGGAAGCUGGCGGAGCCCCAUCCUCUUGCGAGGUUGAGGGAUAAGUUUUAUCAUGUGAUGAGGACUGGAGUGCUUUACAGGGGAAAAGGUGAGAGCAUGGUGAACCCAGAAAUGAUGUUGAACGAUGCAGAAGAGGAAGAGGAAGAGGAAGAGGGUGAAGAGGAAGAUGAAGGGUCGGAGUCGUGUUAUGAUGAAACGUCGGAUGAAGAAUGAUUGCAUUUGCUUCGCCUUGAUUCUGCUCCUCUUGUGCAGAAGCAGAGGAUGUCAUUUCAGGGAGCUAGACGAACUUGCAGGUUUACCCGACCUCUGAUUCGAGCAUACAACAGAGUUUCCUCGUAAUGAUGCGACUUGUAACCAGAAUUUUGUAUGAUUUUAUUGAUAUCAAACUAUCGUCUAAUGACAAGAAACUCCAUAUUGGAUCAACAUGCAAUGUCACUGUUCAAUCUCUCAAACACUG